GAAGGCAAACAGUCAAUGAAGCUUCUUUCGUUGCCAGGAAACGCGGAUUCAACUGUUCAUGCCACUCAUGCCCCGUAUCUCUAAAAUAAACUUGGAUCGCUUAAUUCAGGCGAAACGCGGACAUCAACAUCGUGAAACCAGCUUUCUUUAUUUUUGUUCAAGCUGAAAAGAACCUUGAUUGCAGACGCCGGAGAUUGUGAUUUGAAUAUAUGAUAUGUCAUCCUUACAAGAAAUGCACAAAACAGUUUACUUUUGAAGAUACAGAAUACUUGAGGAUCGAGUUUCCCCUCUUGGUCAGAUGUCUUUCCUUCUGGCAGAACUACAUUUGUGGUCCUUGAAGAAAGCGUUGCAUGUCCAAGAUACAGAUAUUGGCACAUAUCAGUACUAUGACAAAGGAGAGCCAGUGUCACCGACUGAUUAUCAUUACUUUGAAGAAAAGAAACAAUGUUUAGAAUCUCGUGAGUAUGCAUGGACACUAAAAAACAAGCGUCCUGAAAAGGUUCGAGACAACCUGAAGGAACUAGAGGAUCUACUUCAAAAUAGCAGCAUAGUGUGGAGCAAAUGGAAGAAUAAGAACUUCUGUCAGCUCUUCCUCGGUUCAGGUGUGCUAGUUUCUCUGAGCCUUUCAGGGCCUCAGCUGGGGAAGGUGACGAUCGACAGGACUCUGGUGGGGAGGCUCAUCACAGACACCAUCAGUGAUGUUGUGCUCGCCGACACUUUCAUGAUUUUGACUUUCCUGGAAAAAAAUAAGGUGUGCUAUGUCCAGUUCACUAAAAAACAAAGCUCCCCUGAUCUGAGCAGAAGACUGGAAAAGCUUUCAAUUUCUGAACUCAAGGUCUCCUAUGUGGAUUUACCAGGACCAUCUGGACGAAGGGUGGAUCGCCACUUGGCUUUAAACUGCUUGCAGGAUAUGGCUAUUUGCUGGUGGCCAACAAUUAAUGAUAGUGCCUGGCCUUGGUCUCCGAUUUCCAGUGAGAGAGACAGAGCCAACCUGGUGUUACUGGGGUGCACAAAUGAUAGCUUUCAGAUUUUGCACUGUAUUCACACAGAAUGGGAUCCGCUUGAUGCUGGAUUUAGCAUUAGUCAGCCUUAUCAACUGUUUACAGUCGAACACUCCAUUAAUGCAGACAAGGAGAAGAUGGCUGACAGCUGCAUCUAUGACUGUUCUCGGAACAAAGUUCACCGCAUUACUGUCACCAGUAUUCCUUUGAAGUCAAGGGCAAUUUGCUGUAGCCUGGACUGUACAGAAGAGAAGUUAAUCCUAGGCUGUCAGGACUCCUCUCUGGUUCUUUACGAUUCACAUCGUCAAGUUACCCUCCUUGCUCAAGCUGAUCUCUUACCCACACUAAUAGAAUGGCACCCGAGUGGAGCCAUGUUUGUGGUUGGCAGCAGUCAGGGGGAACUUCAGUGUUUUGAUGUGGCCAUCGCACCUUUGAAGAUACAGGUUUUGGCUGAAGAUCUCAAUCCCAAAGUGACCAUUCAGUUCAACAAACACUUCAAUGUGUCCACCAGCCUCACUCAGAUUCAAUGGGCUGUAGGCCAAGGACCUUCCCAAAGUGGCACACUUAAUAUUCAUGACCUUCUCUUUCUAAGAUUUGACAAAGGACCAUUAGGGAUGCUUUGCUUUAAACUGGGUGCCAUGACAACAGGCCAGCUGGGGCACACUGAGCUUGUGCACCAGUGUAUUCGUUAUGGCCAAAUUGAUGAAGCUGUUAACAUCUUAAGUGCCAUCAAUUGGAAUACAAUGGGGCCGGACUGCUACAUCUGCCUCAGUGCCAUUUUUGACCAUCUUCUCCGGCAGAAUCUGACAGCAGAAAGAGAAGCUCAGAUAGAAGCAGUUCUUGGAACAUUUUAUACUCCAGCUAGACCCCUCACUGAAACUACGGUGUUGGAGUACAGAGACGCCAUUUGUAAAUAUGCCCGCCGCUUUUUUCACCACCUUCUCAGGUAUCAGAGAUUUGAGAAAGCAUUUUUACUUGCUAUUGACAUUGGAGCGCGUGACCUCUACAUGGACAUCCAUUACUUAGCUCUAGAUAAGGGUGAAUUGGUACUGGCUGAAGUGGCGAAGAAAAAGGCUAAUGAAAUUGAUGCAGAAUCAAUAACUACUGGAGUUGAAGCACACAUCGCCUUUGAUGCAGAAGACCUGCAUGGAGAUCUGCCUGAACCUUUAGCUGCCUGUCACACAGACAGCUGCCAUCCACCAGGGUCAAGUCACCUCAGCGAUGACACACCUGCUCAGAGGAAGCCCUCCUUCAGGCCUCCCAGCCGCAGAUUGACAGCUGAGACGGCGAGUGAACUUGGAAGUGAUGCCUACACAGCUGCUCUGAUGCAUGACCCCUGGUCCUGGACCCAAGCAGGAAAUGACCUUGCUGAUAAUAUAGAACAGGAAACUGAAGAGAUGGGAUCACUUAAAGUAAUCCACUUUGGCUUAGUCUAGUCCUGCAUUCCUCAAGUUUUCAUUUUGAUGAUUCUGAUGUCUUUUGGAAACCUUCAAACUUUAUUGUACUUUAGGUUGGUCUUCCAUUUUUUGACAAAAAAGCCAACACUAUUUUUUAAUGAAAUACAAUAUAUACAAACAGUAAAGAGUACAGCAAAGUACCACAGCACUCCUAACUCAAAGCUCUGUACGUAGUUUCAUAUUAAUCUGGGCAGCAGCAGGCCACAGGAUUUGAAUCCUGGCCCAUUCUGCAUGUCCUUCCCGUGCCAAUAUGAAUUUUGCUCCAGAUAUUCCAAUUUUCAUCCCCAAGUCCCAAAAGAUUGGCCCUGUAUCAUAUAUUCAUUGGGGUGCUCUUCAAUAGCCCGGUGCCCCAUCCAGGGUUGAUUCCUGGUUUGUCCAGAUGCUGUCAAGAUAGGCUCCGGCUUCCACUACCAGAAACUGGAUUAAGCAGGAUUGCAGAUGGAUGGAUGAGUGACAUGUGCUUGUGUAUGUGCUUCUUAUUCUUCAUUCAGGAGUUACUGCAUUGGAUAUUUUGCUUCAUGUUGAUUUUGAAUAGAAGAGUAAUGUAUUUUUUUUUAUUAAAAAUGUUUUUUUACAUUUAAUAAAGCAUUAUAAGAAUUCC